CGUUUGUGACGACUUGUGUGCGUUUUCCUUUUUCCGUGCUGUGCACUGUGAACUAGUGUGAACUCAGUAUUUUGAGCAAUACACAUGGUUGAUUAACAAAUAACCAUUAUUUAAACACCCAGUUUACAGCAUAAACAGUGUACGAUUGAAUUAACUAUCAUGUGUAACUUAGUAAUUUGAUAAAUAUUGUGACGUGAUAGUGCAGUUUUGGAGGUAAAAUGCCCGCUUCAAUUUGUGACCCAGUAUCAAGCGCAUUGCGUUUAUCUCUUACGGCUGAAGAAUCACAAGGUUCAUCUUUGUUAGAUAGCAGACUUUAUUCUUCUGCUAAAAAUGUUCUUCUAUCCAAGAUUGAGUUCGAAGAGUCUGGAGAUUAUCAAAGCAAUAUACUCGACGGUUUGAAAUCCAAGUAUGUGGUUAUUCGACCUAAAAAACAAGUGCUCGACACUAAACUUCUUAAAAAGGACUUGAAUUCGAGCAAUCUAUCUACAGAUACAAAAAAUGGUGAUGAAGGCUUACCAAAGCCCAAGCGAGUAUUUUUCCCUGUAGAAAAGGUGCAGUUGGGGUGGCUAAGUGCAUGGGGAGCUGGUGCUGGCAUGCAGAAUGUUGGCAACACUUGCUACCUCAACUCCACUCUGCAAGCACUGUUCCAUGUUCCUGCAUUGGCCAACUGGUUGGUCUCAGAUGCAGUACAUUCAGAAAAGUGUAAUCAACAAGAAGCAUGUGUCAUAUGUGGAAUGCGUGCCACAUUGAUGGCAACACAAAAGAGUGGUGGUGCACCCAUUAAGCCAUGGCAGGUGUAUUCCAAGUUAAGGCUUAUUUGUAGACAUUUAACUCCUGGUCGGCAAGAAGAUGCCCAUGAAUUUUUAAGGUACCUAGUUGAAGCCAUGGAAAAGUGCUACUUGACUAGAUUUAUAAAUGCAGACAAGUUGGAUCAGUACAGUAAGGAGACAACUCCGCUAAAUCAAAUCCUUGGAGGCUACCUCAGGUCCACUGUCCGGUGUCUUGCCUGUCACCAUUUGUCCACCACCUAUCAGCAUUUUCAAGAUUUGUUAUUGGAUAUAAGGAAGCAUUCAACAUUAGAUGAAGCAUUAGAUUCAUUUUUCUCAAGGGAAAGGUUGGAAGAUCUUGGCUAUAAAUGUGAAGCAUGCAAUAAGAAGGUAUCAGCAACCAAGCAGUUCUUUAUAGAACGGGCCCCUAUGGUACUUUGCAUUGCCCUAAAAAGAUUUUCACUCGCCGGUGGAAAGCUAUCUAAACAUGUGCAAUUCCGAAAGAAAAUUAACCUUAAUAAAUAUAUGUAUAACAAAAAUAGCCAACAACAACUGUCUUAUAAGCUAGUGAGUUUGGUGACACAUUUAGGGCCAUCACAAAACUGUGGACAUUACACUGCUAUAGGUCAAGCGCCUAAUAGCAAUUACUAUCAGUUUGAUGACAGUUGUGUCCGGCCUCUCCCGCUAUCUGCUGUGCUGGGGACCAAUGCUUACAUUAUGUUCUUUGAGAAAGAUAACACCAUGGAAGACCCUUCAAUUCCUACUGCCUCUACUUCCAAUGUUGUCUAUGGACCACAACUCCCUAGCAAUAUACUCAACAGAGAAAAGAGCCCUUUGAAAUUAACAUUUUAUAAAAACGAUGACAGAAAACCGAAUAUGUUAAACAGCAGCACAUCAGAGACGCUCAAACCAGAAGUGAAGCCUAUCUUAUUAAAUUCAACACUAAGCAAGUCAUUGGAAAUUAGCAGUUCCGUGUCAGAACCAUGGGUUGUUAAACAGAAUGGAGAAGUAGAGAAGGUGACACAAGCACCAAAAGUACUUAAUGGUAUUGACAAAGUGACCCACAAAGUUGAUGACGAUAAAAAGAUAACAUUCGUUAUAAAGAAGCAAGGCAACGAUGAAUGCCUUGUUCAGCCCAAACUAACUAAGAGUGAUUCAGAUCUUAGAUCUGUUGGCAGUGUGUGCCCUAAACCACUUCAAGAGAAGUCUGCAUCAACGAGUAAGCUAGUUAAACCGUCAAAGUCGCCUUUAGAGAAACUGGAAGAACAAAUGAAUAAGGGUGAUAGUUCGUCGGUUCACAUUCAAAGGAACGGGAAUUCUGCGUCCAAGUUGGUGCCUUACGACUCCGAGUCUAGCGGCGACGAGCGCUGCGAACGAGCAAGCGAAGACAAAAGCAGAAAAGAGGAACCGAGAGAUCAGAAUCGGAAACCGAAGCCUAGUCGAUGUGAGUCGCCGCAAGGCCUCAUCGUCACCACUAAGGCGAUGCAUCACGCCUGGACUGUGUCAAAAGAAAAAAAUGGUCCACUCUUAAGCCCGAGUCUGAACGGCGACACCAUUAAAAAGAUCAAGGAUAAAGAGGAAAGGAAAGGGGAGAACGAGGAGAGUCCGAACACGAGCGUGAGCAGCAUGUCCCCGCUGAGCGACCGCAGCGACGCGCCGCCCGCGCCGCCGCCGCCCGCGCCGCCUGCGCCGCGCGCGCCGCUCGACACCGCGCGGUACCUGCACGGCGUGGCGCAUCGCGGCUACGGCGCGCCCGUCGCCUCGUGGCACGGCUCGCACAGCAACAUGUCCCGCCAGGUAUUUGAGGAGAGGCGAGACGAGCGCAAGCGUGCCAUCGAAGCCGCUGAAGACAUGGACCGUGGGCGCACUAAGAAGAUGAAGAAGUUCCACCAUUACAAUCGCUUCAAUAACAAUAGGAAUGGAUAUAAUGCUUUCCAGGAUAAACAAAACAAGCUUCACUGGGGCGGCAACUUCAAGUACCGCGGCGAGCGACGCCCCAACCACCACUUCAAUAAACACCAUAGCAACAAAUACAAGCGCUUUAACAGCAGGUACAACAACGGGCACCACUACCCGAGGCACCAUUGACCCUGGCCGGUUAACUUGUCGGUGUAUAUAGAUGAAUGGACUUUAAUAACUAUACGGUAACACUUUAAGCUAAUGAAUAAUUAGUUAACUUGGUUAAUAAAUUAGGACACACUGGAGUCCCGCACUGGGGAAUGUGGGAUAUUGUGUGUGACUAGUGCUUAAAAUAUGUAGUGGACAAGUUAUGAUCACAAAACAAGUGGUCCAAUCUAAUCUAAAGUUGCAACAUGACAGUUUGCGCAGGUCAUAGAGUUCAUAGACUAGGGAUUAAAGACACAAGAUCUGUUUGAUGACAAAGAGACAAUGAGAUCUGAUUUUGUACAAUGCGCAGUCACAUGCCUUGGACUAUUGACCCCUUAACUGAACUAUUACCUGGACUGUUGGACUAUUAACUAUUCUAUUGGACUGCUUGUUUUGCGCGCAUUUUACGUCCUAUGAAAUCCACUGCGGUUAGUCCAUAUAAAUUGUCAUAGUGAAAUUAAGUGAAAGCGAUUAUUAUUAUUGUUUGUGGUAAUAUACGUACUAUAAACCUUUUUAUUACUUUCUUACUAAUAAACAUAUAAUGGUUUUAUAGUUACACAAUGCUUUGUCUUCUUUCGAAUGUCAAAUGGCAACAAUGGAAAUAUAAAUUAGUGUGUAACUAUUCAUCCGUUAUCUGUUUAUUAGUGAGGGGUCUGAUGAUGUAAAUUUUGGUGCUAAUUCAGUUGUACAAAAUCUUUAAACUUAACUAGUGCUAUCCUUUUCCAUAGGAAACAUGUAAGGCACAGCCUUUACAUUUAAACCUGUUAAUUUAGUUUAGAAUCUGUGUGCAACUGAAUUAAUACCAAUAUGAGUUUUGUUGUUGUAAACAAAGCAGUGCUUUAUCUAUAUUAUAUUUCAAUGGAAGCUUCACAAAAGAUACAUAUAUCACAAACUUUUCUUAAUAUUUCUUAUAAUUGGAUAGUUAAAAAAACGUGAAGUCAGUGGUAAGGAAAUAUUAUAAAGGUUUCUUGUGCACAAGUCCGAUCCGUAUCGGAAAAUGGCGAUAGGUAGUAGUUUAUCAAACAACCGUAUUUUAUCGGCUUCAGACUUUGGAUUCUAGUCUGUCAUUAAAAUGACAUCAUUCAGUAGAUACGAAUUUUUUAUUUUUCGUUUUUUCUCUGAUUCAGAGUAGUGCACAAGCGCCUAGUGAAGGUAUGAAGGUUGUUUAUAUAUGCAAAAAAAAAAUGAAAUAUAUAAAAUAAGAUAUUUAAUAACCUGGGUUAAUAAUUUGGGUUAUAAACGAACGGUUCUUUUAUGCAGCUACUAUUGAAAAAACAUGACGCUUAUUUGGUUGCAAACGACUCGUAAAGCCGGCGCCACACAUAACGUUUAAUACGCUAUUGUGCGUCCGAACUAAGAAAGGGAAAUCAAGUCCGACAUACUGUGAUGUCAUAACUGUCAAUAUGAUCUGAUAGGGGUUAGCUGCUUUCUCAAUAAAAGUAGAACAUGGAUUUAUGUAGGAUUUCAAAUAUACCUAACACUGAUGUUAUUUAAAAGAAAAAUAGGUAUUUUAUUACCAAGUUCUCAUCCUCAUCUUCGAAUCCCUCCUUUGGCGGUAUCUAUUCUCGAUUUGAUUCACAUGAUUUAUCUCUCUACCAGUCGUACCUUGUUUUUGAGGCAAUCGCUUAAAGACUAAGGCUUAAAUCUAUAAAGCGUACUUUAACUUUGCCAGACUUAAGACACUAAAACUUGUCUGCAUUAGCGACAGACGAGGCAUAAAUCUGUCUUGUUUUAACUAAACUUAAGGCUGAGCAAUGUUAAAGUAUGCUCUGUAGAUCUCUAUAAGGAUAAUACUCAUGCAUUUAAUGAAAUAAAAUGUCUGUCUGUAAUUUCGAAAUAACUACCUCAUAUAAAGCUCAUAUGGUUAU